AUGAAGGUCGAAUCCGUGCAGGUGGAAGGGUACAUUACCCUACCAGUGCAGCUCCCAACAACCCCUCUCUUUCCCAACCCCGCAACACACUACCUCUACAUCCGACCACACGAGCCCCGAAUCCCAGACCCAGAUUCCACCCGCUCCCUCUUCAUCGUCAACGUCCCCAUCGACACCACAGAAGCGCACCUCCGCCACCUCUUCGGCACGCAACUCGCUGCAGGCCGUGUAGAAAGAGUUCAAUUCGAAGAUGUGCAGACCAAAAAGCGCGCCGCGGCAACAACGACAGAAACCAACCUAACUCAAUCCAAAAAGAAGCGCAAGCGCGUAACCGCCGAUGACUUCGAACGCCACCUAGACGACAUUACUCUCCCAUCCACCUGGGAUCGCAAACUCCACAAGAGCGGCGGCCACGCAGUCGUCAUCUUCGCCGACAAGCCCAGCAUGGAAACCAGUCUGAAAGCCGCCACCAAGGCCUCCAAGCGCGGUACCACCAUCGUCUGGGGCGAAGGUCUGCCUACAGAUCGCAUCCCCGUCCUCGGAUUGAACCGAUACGUCGCGCACGAGCGCAUGCAGUACCCCGAUCGGGGGACGUUGCUACGGGCGGUGAAUGAGUUCAUGACUACGUUCACGCAGGUGGCUGAGACGCGCAAGCGCGAGGAUCACAAGCGUCUUGCUGUUCCGGACGACGAUGGAUUCGUUACUGUUUCGCACGGACCUAAGUUGAAUUCUGUGGCGCGUGAGGAUGAGAUGCGGGAGCUUGUUGAGAAGCAGAAGAAGAAGGGCGUGGGACUCGAGGACUUUUAUCGAUUCCAGUCUAGGGAGAAGAGAAAGGAGAGACAGAACCAGUUGCUUAGGCGCUUUGACGAGGAUAAGAAGAAGUUGGCGGAGAUUAAGGCUCGGAAGGGCAAGAUUCGACCUGAGUGA